CAUUCUCUAGCCAUUCUCUGAGGGAAGAAUAGAACCCGCCUCGCGGGCCCAUUGUGAGGUUGCCACCGCUGUUCCCAGUUUAUGCUAAUCCUGAUGAACCGAGGGGCGCGUUUUUCACCUCCUGAGACAAAAGAGCAGCGCCUGGCCGCCGAGAGAGAAGUAGGCUGAGCGAGAGAGGAGAGAGUGCACCCGCGCCCGCUCGCUCGAGCGAGCGAGCGCUAUGAACGCGCGCCGUCUCGGUGUAUGGGAUCGCGGUGGUGGAGCGGAGUGGAGAGACGGGAGGAAACGCGCACAGCGUUUGUGCCCGAGCCGAGAGAGCAAGAGGUGGGCGUGGACAAAUGGAGGCGGGGCUUCCUGUCGGAAGGAGUGACACGUGGUCCCCCUCCGUCUGUGUGCGCGCGUGUGUGUGUGUGUGUGUGUAGGGAAGAGCUUGUGCGCCAGAGGACUGACUCUACCCCCAUUUUCACGUUUCUGUCGCGCGUUUUUACCCACCCACCGACCGACCGACCGACCCACAUAUCCUCGCACUGGAGCUACGGCUACCCCCUUUCUUUGAAAAUCCAGGUCGUCUCGGCAAGGAACGUUAGCUAGCCUGCCAGCAACGCAAACACGGACAGUGAGCCGGCCCCGUUGUCACGCGGCAGACCCCCGCCGUGCCGCAGACUCAUCCCACGCCGACCGCGGCCAUGACGCUGGAAGCGAUCCGGUACCGCUCCGGGUCUCUGCAGAUCCUCAAUCAGCUGCUGCUGCCGCACGAGACGGUGUACGAGGAGAUCCGCUCGGUCCAGGACGGUUAUGAGGCCAUCAAGAGUAUGAAGGUGCGCGGCGCUCCUGCCAUCGCCAUCGUGGGCUGCCUGAGCCUGGCGGUGGAGCUGCGUGCGGGCGCCGGCGGCGACGACCCCCUGGCUUUCAUCCGCGAGUCGCUGUGCCACCUGACCUCGGCCCGGCCCACCGCCGUCAACAUGGGCCGCGCCGCCCGCGAACUCAUGGAGUUCAGCGAGAACGAGAGCAUGGAGAAGAGCGGAGAGGCACUCCGAGACAGCGCGAUUGGCUGGAUCGAGGAGAUGCUGGAGCGGGACGUGAGUGACAACCGAAAGAUCGGGAAUUUCGGUGCCCAGCACAUCCUGUCCGGCGUGCCGAGGGACUCGGUCAGCAUUCUCACGCACUGCAACACCGGAUCACUCGCCACCGCCGGAUACGGCACCGCACUCGGUGUGGUGCGCUCCCUGCACUCGCUGGGCCGUCUGAAGCGUGUCUACUGCACGGAGACUCGGCCGUACAACCAGGGCGCGCGGCUGACGGCGUACGAGGCCGUGGCCGAGGGCUUCCCCGCCACGCUCAUCACCGACAGCAUGGCCGCGCUCACCAUGAGGGAGAAGGGCAUCACCGCUGUGGUCGUCGGGGCUGACCGAGUAGUCGCCAACGGCGACACAGCCAACAAGAUCGGCACGUACCAGCUGGCCAUCGCCGCAAAGCACCAUGGGAUUCCGUUCUACGUGGCGGCGCCAAGCACAUCGUGCGACCUGAGCCUGGAGAGUGGACGUGACAUCGUGAUCGAGCAGCGCCCGGCCGAGGAGCUCACCAGCAUCAACGGAAUCCCAGUCGCCGCGCCAGGUAUAGAUGUGUGGAAUCCGGCGUUUGAUGUCACCCCUCACCAGCUCAUCACAGGUGGCAUCAUCACUGAGCUGGGCGUCUUCCUCCCCUCCGAGCUGCAGGCUGCCCUGACCGGCCGCCUCACCGCCCUCUAGGCCCCACAGCGCCCCCCUGUGGUCUGGUGGGGCAGCGCAGCACAGUGUAGUGCUGCUGCACCUCGACUACAGCCGUGACCACAACUCACUUCGGUUCUCUUCAUUACUCUUUCUACUAGUGGUACAUCACCAUCACACACACACACACACACACACACACACACACACACUAUCUCUCACACUCUCUCUCACACACACACACACACACACACACACACACACACACACACACACACAGACACACACUCAUUGCUGCUCACAUGAGGUAAUGGAAAUGUCACAUACACACUCACUCACACACACACACACACACACUAAAAAUGCGCAAAGGCAUACUACAAUGAUAUGAAUAAAGGACUAUAGAUACGCUAAACACACACACA